UCACGAUCACGAUCACGAAAAAAGCUUCUAAUCACGCACGAUCACGGUCACGAUCACGCGUGAUCGUGAUCGUGAAAAAAGUGAUCACGCAGUACACUAGCGAAUGGAUAUAAAAGAGAGGCGUUACAUAACAGUAUAUCAAUAGAGAUAUGGACAAUGCAGCAUAGAUAUCAGCAAUGUAUUCGAAGAAAGACCUAGAAAUAAAUAGAUAUGAAGGAACUUGGAUGAACUAAAUAGUGUUAUGUUCAAUGUAGCCUCGACUAGAAAAUCUUUUUCGAAAUAAAAGAAAAAGUUUUGUACGAAACUUUUUUUGGGUAUAGAACAUAUCUAUAGAGAUAUUUCUGGUAAAAAUCUAUGUCUAUGUAUCAAAAAUAGAAUAAAAUGACCGUCACUUGACAAAGGAAAAGUGGAAAGCAAAACAAAACACAGAUUUGUAUGAGUAUACACAUCAAGAUCGACUGAAUACUAAUCGUCUAACGCGAAACGCUGAAAACUCAUUAGGAUAAUUAAAGUUAGCUAUGCUUCUGUCACUCUCAUAAGCAGUAAUAUGGCUUGAACUUCAGAAGGACAAUACAUUGACGCAAAAUCUUCUAGUCUCAGCAGACUCUAAUUGAUAAGAAAUAUUCAAUCUCAAAGGUGAGGUUACACCUCGUACAGUUCCUCGUCAAUGAACUUUUAAACGGCAGUAACAUAAUUGUGAUAAUCCUGGUCUUAUUCUAAGCAUAAUAAAGAGAAAUUAACUGAUUAAUGAGAUGUUUAAACAAAUGAAUAAAUAUUAAAACUAAACUUUAGUAUCGAUAUUUAUUACGUGAUGAGAAAGAUUCAUCUUCAUCAGACAAAUCUAAAGAAACAGAACGUGGUGGAACAAAUAUUGAUGUUAAAAAAGUAAUUUCUAUUCGUGCUGAACAUUUAUUAAAUAUAACAUUAACAAAAACAACUCUUGAUCUUGGUCAACAUAUACAAACAAUGUUUAAUGAUGCUUAUAAAAAAGGAUCAUCAUCAGAUGAUGAUCAAGAACAAGUAAUGUUAAAAAUACUUAAUCAAACUGGUUAUCAAAUUAAUAUUAAAGAUAUUAUUGGUGUUGAGUUUCCUGAUGGUGAAAAACCAAAAGAUAAAUCAUUAAAAUUAAAAAAUAAUGAAUCACUUCAUUUAACAAUUCCUCAAGAAAGAUUAUCUGCAACACAUCUUCCAGCUAUUGCUGAACAAGUUACCAAAAGAAAACAACAAUUCAAUGUUCAAAUUGAAGAUCGAAAUGUAACAGUCGAUAUAAAUCAAACAUGGAGAAGAGUUUAUGAUUUAUUUCCAUCAUCAAAUCCUUCAUGGCCAGUUCAGUUACUUUGUGAUUCACAAAUAUAUCAAGAAAGAAGAAGAGUUGUUCUUAGUUCAAUUAUUAAAAUAUCAAAUCGAACACAAAUGCCAUUAAUUGUAUUAGAUGCUGAUUCAGUUGAAACAAAUAAAUUUAAUCGUAUUGCAAAACUCGAUAUUAAUCAAGAAUAUUAUCUUCCUAUUGAACUUCUUUAUUUAAGAAUUACUCCAAGACUUUAUUUUGCUGUUCAACAGUAA